GCAAACGCCACCAUCGCGAAGGCAUCCUCGGGGUAGGCACAUGUCCACUGUCGGGCGUCGCUGAUUGGCCAAGGUGGGUUACAAGCUUCAAAGAGACAUGAGCGGAGGUGGAUCAGGAGAGCGCUAGACUGGGAAAGGACGGCCCAAGGAAGAGGAGCCGCACUAGGGAGCUAAUAGGUCCGCUGAUAGCUGGAUCUAGAUCGUGGUCGUGAGGGGCAGCGAGUAUGAACGAGUGAACAGAACCUGGACGCGUUGGUUGAUCAUGGGAGAGGGGUCGUGAGAGCAAGAUGCGACGCCAGUGAGAACCAGGGCAGUACGCUACCAGCUCGAACGCGAAACAUGAAUGCAUGUACGCAGCCCUAGUUUGAAGCUAACAGCGCUGGAGGACUGCGGGGAGCGGAAGGAUGGAUUGGAGAACCCAAGAGCGAUAAGGGAUAGGUCAGUUGAGGGCUUAUGUCAGCGAUCUUCGGGUCCGCCUAGCCUGAUUGGGACAGAGCGCCGUGGGUAGGCGCGCGGUUCAUUAGUUGUGUUCAUUCAUGUUUCUACGCUCGCCGACAACAUCUUUCACGACGUCGAGACUAGAGUCCCUCUGCACGCCCCGCUGAUACACAGGGCGACGACGAGAACAUCGAGAAGCGAACGAUUCGCGUGCCUGGUGAGAGCACACGAGACAGAAUAGACCUCGCGCUUCCAACUAGGAAGCCCUCUUCUGCCCGCUCUCUCGCUUGCAUCGCUCGUCCAUUGUUCUCCUCUUACCUUCAUAUACUUCCUCUUCCACGUCUUUCUUGCACAACUUAACAUAUUUGCAGAAUGGCGUCCGGAGACAUAGACAAACCCACCGCAUCCUCGCUCUCCAUCUCGCUCGCCCCAACGUCAAGCUCGCACCCAUCGUCCUCCCACUCCUCGUCUCCAGAUUCGCCCGUUCAUGGCUUAACAUACCCUCCAUCACUCCUCCCCUCCCUCCCAAUACUCACUCAACGACCGCCACCCCACGAACCCAUUCGCGUGCUCUCCGCCUCGCAAUUUCGUGACAUUCACUUGGAGUACUUGACCUCACACGCCCCCGAUAGUGUCAUCUUUCCGUUCCUACACGGACUAGAAGGGAACAACGAAGCCCAGAACGCGUUCUUUGCGAACGCGAGCAGUGCUCCCUGGAAAGACACCCCCAAGGUCGAGUGUGAAGACGGUGCGGAAGGACGGGGCAACAAAGGGCGUAUUUACCCCGAGAUCCCAAGGUUCAGAGGUCUCGUUUGGGUUGCUGCGAACCAUCCUGCUCCCUCUACUUCUCCCAUAUCACCCACCUCUGCCUCGCAGAAUGGAUACCACUCUGAGGACUAUAGUGACUCUUCGUCUACCUCGUCUGAGGACGAUAGCGAGGACGAACUGGAGGUCUGCGAUGACUACACUGCUAUGAAUGGUAUGCGCUCUAUUGGUACGAUAAACAAUAUCGCGAGUAUGUCGUCUACUGGUGUGGCUAUGGAAAUUGAUAUGGAUAUGGAUAUGGAUGGUGUGGGUGAGUUGGAGAGGGAGAUUGAGGUCGAGAUGUCGGCCGAUCCGGCGUUGAAGGGACCUGUGGUCAAAGUCCCACCCUUGAAUUCCAAGGAAGAGAAUCAUAUGCAUCCAGUUCUCGGUACGCCUCACUUACAUUUCGUUACGAAAUCCAAGAGUGUAUUAACCUCUUUCAUGUACACAGAACGGACCCACAUCCACGAAUCUAGAGAUCGCCGCGCCUCAACGACUUCCACAUGCACGACUUUAACUGCAUACUCGUCCACAACGGAUGAGUGCCCAUCACCGACCUCCGCUUCAAGUUCAUCGCCUACCACCCACGAAUCUCCUUCCUCACCCACCUCGCCGCCACUCACACCUCCAUCAUUAUCAAACUCACCCUUCUCGCCGCCAGCAUCACCUGUACUACAGACGCCUCCAUCCGUAGCUCCAAUACCUAUCCCCCAUUCAUCGCAACCUGGCAAGAUCAAUACAUCUAUUCCCUCUGCACGUCAAGCUGGAUCGAUAUCGUCGAAAUCGCCACUUCCUCCACCGCUGCUUACGUCGACUUUUAAGCCUCACGAGUUGCUCAAGCCUGUUCCGCCCCCACAUCCCGCCCAGAGGAAAGAGAGACAUCCGUGGGGGUAUACGAAGGAUGGACGGAGAAAUGAGGUUGAGGUGAAGGGGUUGAAGGAGGCUGCGAGGAUCGUUGGGGGUGCUGGUCCUGUUUCUGAUUGCGGGAGUGGUGGUGAAAGAGAGGGUGGAAGCGAGUUUGUGGAUCUGAAAGUCCCCGAGGGGAUUAGUUUGAGGAACUUUGGGAUUCAAGUGCCUAUCUUUGUGACGUUGUCGGAUAUCGUCGUCUAUUCCCCAACGGGGGACACUCAAUCUGCAGUCACGCUCGCUCAGAGGUUCAAGGAAGCUAUAGAGAAAAAGUACGAGGAUCGACUGGCUAGGAUUCGAGCUCAACUACGUGGGGACACUGAGGGCGAUGAUGGGGCAGGUGAGAGUGCAACGCCCAGACCGCGGAAUGCUCGUCGACCCGCAUCUACCUCGCUAUCUGACCUGAUGCCGGAAGAACAAGAAGAGGCAGAUCGUCUCAUCAAGUACAACGUCUUUGUGCUCGACGCCACCCCCGAAGAGAUCUACGAGAAACUCGAGCACUUGGUGACGAGAGUGGAGGACGUCAGUGUUCCACAUGCUCAUACAGAUGGUACGGACGCCCAUACGAUUGGAGACCCCGGUACCCCGUCGUCUGCUUCGUCCUCGGAAGGGUCUAUGGAUGCAGACGUUGCUAUGGGCGUGGAAAAAAUGAAGGCGGAGAAGGAGAAGAGGAGGAAGAAGAAGGUCCUAAGGGCGAACACGAUCAACUUUGCUCAAAGGGAGAAGGAGGAGAUGAGAGAUUUGACGAGGGCUUCGGAGUUGUAUACUGCGUUCCCGCCUGAUCAUCCUCUUGACCCUUGUUCUCGGACACCGAGACAUCCUGAACACUCUCCUGCGGCUCGAUCGCCGAAUCCUCACAGUCCUCCGUCGUCGUCGUCGCCCCGUACGUCAAGUGAAGAGAGGAUCCAGGAGAUCAGUGGCAGUACGACUACAAACUUGUGGGACCCGAGUCUGGGUCAGAUCUUCCUGGGUAACGCGAGUGAUGUGCCGUUACCAGACGAUGACGAUACUCGGUACGAACGAGAGAGGAAACGGUUAAAGAGGGCCAAGCGGUUCAACGCCCAUCAUCGGUCCCAUCACCACCAUGAUGACCGUAUGGACGAGGAUGAGGACCAAGACUUGUCAGAGGAAGAGGAAGAGGUGUUCGAUUUUAGAACAAAUGACCCUGCGCAGGGAAUGGGCUUUGAUUUGUGCAUCGAGUGCGAUGAUAUGGCGCCGUUCCCUAGUUCUGCUCAGAUGAGAGCUGUCGAGGAACAUGUGGGGAUGUUGGAGCGCGUUUGGGCGGAGAGGUCUUUGAGGAGGUUUGAGAGGGAGCAUGUCCAUGUCCAAGGUCCUUCUACCUCUUCGAAUGAAACGAGGGGUUCGUCUGCGGAUGUACCUAUGGAUGGUGUUGAGGACACCGCUGGAGGAGGGGAUCAAGUUGACAGGGUGACUAUCCCACCUAGACCUCCGCCGAACGCCAAUGCCGUCGUUCACCUCUCUUUCCCUUCGUCGGUGUCGUACACUCCAAACUUGAUCCCGUUCAUAAACUGGUUGGAAAUGCUCGUCAAACCGGUCGGUGAACCCUUGGUAUUCGAUAUCGUCCGCGAACCCGAGUCGCCUCGAAUGGACAAGGACAAGGAUAGGGAAGGAGAAAGAGAAAGGGCUAAACCGCCGUUCCGUCGAGGUUCCUCUGCGGGUAACGGUGCACAGAACGGGUUUAGUCCUAGUUCCCUCCCUCCGCCCACUGCUUUCCAGAAUACCUUCUUGCCUUCUUCGCAUUCGUCGGGAAGUUCGCUUUAUCAGCGUGUUAGGUCCACUUCGGCUACGUACCCCAACCCUACAUCGACCUCUGUCUCAUCGACAUCAUCGUCUUCACGAUUCUCACCUGUUUCCCCCUCGUCUCGAGUCCCAUCCCAAGCAUACUCUCAUCACCCACACCAUCAACGACAACCUACCCCUCCGCCUCAACAUUUUCGUACACGCCCGCUCAAGAUCCUCAUUUACUCCGCAGAUGGGUAUACCGAGUCGUCCUCUCUUGCCCUUUGUCUCCUCAUGGCUCUGCGGAAACUGACUCUACCUGAGGCGUAUCUUGAGCUUCAGAUAGAGAAGAAGAGGAGUUUUUUCGUGUAUCAGAAUGAGGUGGGCGCAAUGAAGAGGGUCGAGGGGAGGUUGGAGAAGGAACGACAGCAGACUGGUUAUGGGUAUGGGUAUGGGUAUGGCGGGAGUUGGGGAAGGACGUCUGGGGGAGGUUGGACUUCGACUGUGGCCUUUAAUGGUGGAGGAAGGCCACCAGCGCAGAGUGUCUCAUUUGCUUCCCCGCCUUCAUCCUUCUUCGGUUCCUCCUGUUCCUCCGGACACACCUCGGCUUCCCGCACGAUGCAUAUGAACGAGACUCAAGUUGUCGCGGGCCACCAUCAGUUGAGCAGUUCGAUUCCGACUGAGAGUUCCGUGAAGAGUAUGAUGGGUAUUGCGACGAGAAGGCAGAGGGCGAGUACGAUGAGUGUCUUGCCGUCGUUCACGGACCAUCAGGCUUGGUUUAAUGACCCGAGGUUCGAUGGGAGUUUCCCGAGUAGGGUUUUACCGUUCUUGUACCUCGGAAACUUGAACCACGCAUCGAACGUUUACAUGCUCCACGCUCUCGGCAUCACGCACGUCGUCUCUGUAGGCGAAUGCGCUCUCGUCCCUCCACCCUCACACGCCCCAACAUCAUCCGCAGAACACUCACACACUUAUCCUUCUGCAUGCCAAUUCGUUCCUGGAAAAGGGCCCGGUGGACAUGGGUCGCUGUGGAUCGAGGAACGUGAAGGGCGGAUCAAGGUGUUGGAUAUCAAGGGUGUAUGUGAUGAUGGCAUCGACACUCUUGAACCGCAACUUGCGCCUAUAUGCGAUUGGAUCGAUCGUGCGAGGGCGGAGGGUGGGAAGGUACUCGUGCAUUGCCGUGUGGGUGUUUCGAGGAGUGCUACUGUCACUAUUGCGUAUGUUAUGAAACACCUCAACCUCCCUCUGGUUGACGCCUACCUCAUCGUCCGUUCCCGUCGUCUUUCGGUCUUGAUCCAGCCCAAUAUGCGGUUAUUGUAUAAUUUGCUUGGGUGGGAGGUCAAGCUUGCCCAGGAACGUGCUGGUGAUAGCAAAGAGAAACUCCGUCAUGAGUUGUCGCGUUGCUUGAACUGGCCGUAUCUUGCGAAGGAGGUUCACGCGUUGAACGAGAAAUACCUGCAUUAAUUCCCUCACGAAUUGUCGUCCUCAAACCUUCUUUUCGACAAGUUAUGGCAAUCGCCACUUGUUCAUUCAUCAAGCUCAAGGAACCCCCGCAAUAAUCAGCAUUUGUAUCAAGAAUGUAUAUCGACCACUUUAUUUGUUACUUUUCGUUCUCCAUCUCUUUUUUCGGUCCUGCACUGUAAAAUAUACAUCGUUUCAUUUCUCACUUUUGUUGUACCAUACAUGACGCACGUCUUCUCUCGUCUUUUUUUUCCUGUCCUGUUCUGUCUCGUAUUCUUCUCUAUGGAUCGGGUUCCCUUUGACCUCUUUCUCUCUGUCUCCUCAGCUCUCCACUGUCUUCUCGUCCUGAUUCCUGUGCCUUGUUAUAUAUUAGCUAGGUAUAGUACCAAAGAUAUCGUCUGUACAUCUGUUACCUUAGUUCUUGUGCACCCUGUUUUGGUGGGUGCCUUGUUGCAACCUGUACGUGAAUCCCCUGUGCUAUACAUAGCUAUAUACCGCUCUGUAUAUGUAUAUUCUGCUUUGGAACCUGCACUGUGUGCAACUCAAGAUGUAUACAAAGUCGUUUUACAGGUAUGUCCAAUGUCCAUUAAGUUCAAACGUAGUUCAUACAAGCCUUUUCCCGUUCCGAGACAUGUUUUUCCAUAUCUCCUUCAGCUGUCCUCGAGUCUUCUAAACCGAAAAUGGUCUUGAGUUGAUCCCACGUUGCAGAUCUUCCAGUAUCAUGUUGGGCCAUAACGUGAGCUCGACAGUCGGCGCAAUCGUAGACUUGGAGCAUGAGACUCUCGAGAACGUCUCUUCUGUCGAGGCAGCCCUUCUUCGGUCCGGGUGAAAUCUCAUAGGAAUCACGUAUAGCCAA